AGCUUCCAUACGAGCGAUUGUCGCACAUAAACAAGUACACUCGAUGUGUCUCUGUUCGAAGAACAUUCAUUAGGUUUUAGUAGGUUGAACGUCCGAUUAAAACAUGCUACCCGACGUAGAAGGUCCUUGUCCGUUUGUGGAGGACAGUUUUAGUCGCUUUGUGUCACAGAGUAACAUGUAUGGACUCUGUCAGGCGGGGGAACAAGAACUAUUGGCCGCUACUUUAAAGGGGAAAGUGGUUUGUUUCAGAUAUCAGGAUCUCCAACAGAAAAUACGACCUGUCGCCAAGGAAGUACAGUUUACUUACAUUCCAGUUGAUGCAGAAAUCGUAUCAAUUGACGCCUUCAAUAAGUCCCAUCCAAGCAGGGGGCUAGUAGUUGGGAUCACUUUUAUCAAGGAUUCAGGGGACAAGGCCACACCCUUCCUCAACAUCUACUGUGACUAUGAGCCAGGGUCUGAGUUCAACCUGGAAUCUAUUGCCCAAAGCUGUCUGAAUCUGGAGCUGCAGUUUACUCCUUUCCAGCUGUACCACACAGAAGUUCAGUGCAAAGAUGGAUGCAGUGAAACUGUGUUUCUGCUCAGUGGCAAUGACCAGUGCAUACAUCUCUACAAAGAAAACGCCUCUCUCCAUCAGUUUGAAGAGCAGCCUGUGGAGAAGCUUUUCCCUGAGCUGCAGGGACUGCCAAGCAAUGUGCUCUGGCUGGACAUGUUGAGUAUUCCCGGAGGGCGGCGGCUCUCUGCAUUUGGCUGCCAAAAUGGCUGCGUGGGAUUGGCUCUGGUCAAGCAGGAGGGCCCUGAGGUUUUGCAGAGCUGGAGGCUACAGCAGGACAGCCCUAUCUCCACAGUGCUACUCUUCCCUCUCCGGACACACCAGGCUUCAGACAGCACGGAGGAGCAGAUUGAAGGCUACAAUCUGCUGGUCACCAGCACUAUUGAGACGGCAGUGGUGUACAGGGAUGUGGAGGUGUGUGGUAUGAGCAAGCCCUGCUGUUUAGCUGAAAGUGACCAAUGUGACGCUGUGCUUUGUGCACUCGUCAUCGACCUGGACUUUGACGGACAGAAAGAGGUUCUUCUGGGAACUUACGGACAGGAGCUGCUGUGCUACAAAUUUCUCCAGCCGAUGCCCGGCGUGGCAGGCGACUUCCGGUUAGUGUGGAGGCGGAGCUUCAAGAGCCCUCUGCUGUCCGUCAUCUACUUGGACCUGACGGGAGACGGCCUGAAGGAGCUGGCUGUGCUCACUCUCAAGGGCCUGCACAUAUUACAGCAUAGCCUGUGCAGCGCCGCCGAGCUGGUGAUGCAACGUUUGGCCAGCAGGGCGGCAGCACUGCAAGUAACCACCACUGACUCCACCACCACACAACCUACAGGCCAUGGAGAACAAGAGCAGGAGCAAGGAACCAGUGAUGAGCAGAGCACCUCCACCCCCACCAGCUAAGACCACAAGCCAUUGAAAGAGAAGGAUGAACAAUUCUGGUGGUUUACAGUUAAGAAAUGGUGGAUGACGGGACACUGAGUGAAGACUGAUUGAACGUAAUGAAGUUGAUAGAAGCUGGACUGAAUGCAGGCAUCACUGUCGUUAUCAAGAACCGAAGUCUGAUGUGGAAUCUGGUUCUGGAUCUGUCAUCAGCACAAGUGAGAGCACAAGUUUGUCUCGUAAUGUGAACGAUGAGGAAGGUAACGGAGAUAAUGUGGGAGAUAACUUUUCCCGUGGGAGAUCUAACUCCACUGUGUGUAUUAAGUAUCAUCUUUACAGUGUACCAAACCAACUGGAAGUACAGUAAGUCCAACUACAUCUUGUAAUAAUGGAAUUUAACUGCUUAGUCAUUUGUUGACUAGUAGGUGCACAGUAGUAUCCAGGAACAUUUAACAUGAAGUGUGUGGCAGGACAUCCUUCCUCACUCUUCCAGUGACGGGACUGGUGUGGCCACGCCUUGCCUUAACACUGAAGCUGAUAUACUAAUGUGUGUAUGAUCACAAAUCUUGAUAUGGGGCUGCUUGUGGCUGCACCUCGGUUGUAUUUGAGCAAGACAGUAACUAACAUUGUCGUAAGUAUUAAAUCAUUUUUAUAAA